AUGGAACUAUACUGGGUUAAUGAAAGAGUUGCACCUAUAACUAAGCAACCGUCUCUCGAUUUCUUGGAGUCUUUGUCUCAGGAAACUUGUUUUGAUAUCAAUAUAAUUAAAAAUGUUACAGAGUAUGAAAGCCCAGAAGAAUUAAAUGAACGGGUAAAGGAAGUUUAUUACGAUAUCAGAAUUACAUCUGAAGGUAAAUAUGAUAUGCUUGAUGAAUUAUCACGCCAUAUAAAUGAAGGAUUACAAAGAGUCAACAAAAUUCUUGGUUUAAAUUCAAAAGGUGAAAGGAUGAACGAUAAUGAAAUCGCUGACGUAUUAGCUGGACUCAAUGAAAUAGCAGAUUCUUUUUCAAAAUUGAAAAUUAAGCCAGAAACUGAUGAAGAUAAUGAUAUUGAUGAUGAUGCUUUAAGUAUACCUGAUGGCUUAGGGGGUCCAAAAAAUAUAAGAGAUUUUUAUAAUAAGAGGGGCGUUGAAUUUGCUUUUAAGCAAUACCAUGAUCUGUUAUUUAAUAGUAAUGCUUCUUGGCCCGAAAUUAAACGGGCGAAAACUUUCUAUUUUCGCGUAGCUAAUAACUACUUUAAAAUAUUAUUCGAAUAUUCAGCUGAAUACAAGGAUAUUAGAGAUGUUAUGCUAAGAUUGGCAAAUAAUCUAAGAAACAUAAACAGACACCUUCGUAUCAUACCAAAUGGUCUUUAUGAAGGAAUUUGA